UGGCCGGGUGCAGUUUUAAACCUCGUAACAGCACCACUUCUCCCAGUCAACCGUAAUGACUUCUUAAUGGAAGGUAAUGGAAGAAAGCAAAUGGAUCUAGGUGGCAAAUUUUCCACUGUGGUAUUGUGGUAUGUCCAUUUUAACAUCCUAUAAAUUCACCUCUGUACUGUCAGCAGGUGCGUUGUUCGAAAGCGCUGACUGAGACGAACUGCGGUAAGAUCAUUGUAAGCAAGUCUUGUCUGUCGUUAUUUGCAAAAUCCACGUUUGAUAAGUGGCCUGGCUUGACUUUCUGUCGAUAUAGUGCCAUAAUUGAGUGGAUCCUCUAAGCAUUAUGUCAUCACAGAUUUGUAGCUGUGCUUCCUGACUAGUGUGUAUUGAUCCAUGUGGAGUGUGCUCACAAUGUGGGUGUGCGACAUGAUGAUGGGAUGUACUUGAGCUCAACCUCAGAGGGGUUACAGCUGCAGAUGCUACGGUUCACACCUUUGGAUUGUUAACCAGUGCAGACAGAUGACAACUCCCUCAAAGCCUCCUGUGAAUGACCAGGACUGCAUUAAGCUUGAGAAACUAGGAGACCACUACUCUGAUGGUAGGUUGUUCAGUUUACUCCAUGUCUUGACUGGAAUACUUUUGUACGGUGCAUCGCCAAGUGUUAGUGGGAGAGUAUAUUUUCACACAGUAUAUAUUUUCCUCAGAACCUAUUCAACCCAGGAGAGUAGAUCCAAAUAAAAGCCUGCUAAUCAAUACUCUCUCCUUGCUGAAGUUUUAUUGAGCAAGCCUCCUCCAUUAUACACUUCAAGUCUCACCUCACUGACAUACUUCAUGCUAAUGGUGCUCUGAAUAAUUAAAACUGCCUCAUAGAAGAUUUGAAUGAGAAACUUGACUAACAGAGACUGGACUUGGGCGUUGAACUGUUGAAGUAACUUCAGCUAUUUCUUCCUUUCAUAGGAAACACCCCAGAGCCCGUGACUGGCAGCCCACCUAAAAAGACGAUGGACAAGUUCGAUGGGGUACGCAGACUGAGCACCAUCUCAGAGCGAGAACCGGACAAACUGGACGCCAAUCACGAUUCCCACGAACCCCUGGGUGGCAGUGAGUGGGGUGGUUCCAGCCUCUCUAUGUGUUCUGACAAGUUUAGGAGCAGCAGCAGUCAUUUCUCAUCUGAUGAUUCAUACCAGCCUGGCACUGGAGCAGAUGACUGUGCAGCACUUCUGCUCGCCUGCCUGUAUUGUCAUUUCCAUGAGUUAAUGGUCCUGUUACCGGAUACGUGCGAGAGGGCAGUGAGCCGCUGUUUUCCCUCAUACCAAUACAUCGUGGCGUCCAGCGAAAGGGACCAGCAGGAAAAGGACUGCUGCAAUUUCAAGCUGGAGCUGGACUGUAAUUUCUGUGGUUCCUGUCAGGACGCUGGGGAACUUAUAGAGCUGGCCAUGGAGAUAUCAGAGGUGUGCUAUCGUUGAAACAUUCCCUUUUUUUUGUCUCUCACCUCUGACCUGUACAUGUAACUCGAUAAGUUCACUUAAAACAAAAUCAUACAUACAUUUUUAAAAACCUGACUGCUCAACUAACAGCAUUACCGUCUCAUCUUCCUUGUGCUGCAUAUUCACACAUAUAUAUAUAUAAUAAAUUGCUUGUUUUUAUAUCGGCCUUGUAUGUAAAUUAGCUGUAGCUUGUGUGCUUCAACAUUAUUCAAGCAGAUAACUACUGCCACUCUGUAACAAUGUGGAGUUGGCUGUUAUAAUAAAAAAGAAGCUGUUAGAGUAUGUGUGUCAGCCUCUAUAGUUUUUAUUUAAUAUAUGCACAUAUCCUAUGAUGGUGUCAGGCUACCAUGACACAUAGGUACUGUACAAUGACAUAUACAAGAGAUAAAGCCCACACAGUAGUGUAGUGUGAUCAAUCGUGACUGCAUUAACUGUAGAUUCUCUUCAGGGGCACUGCUGUUUGUGAUGCAUAAGCACUUGCUCCAUUUUGUGUUGGCUUUACUGUCUUUAUCAUACUAUACAACUUUUGCAGUGCACUGAGUUCAGAUUCUUUCCUGAACACCAUGUUCUAAAUUCUUUUUCCCUUCUUUAAAUAGUAGUCUGGUUUUCUGGUUUAAAGAUUUGUCCAUCUGAAUUUGUUCUGAAAUUCUGUAACUUAUUUAAC